GUCGAUUCUUUCUUCUCCAUCCUCAUUCAGAUCAUCAACCAACUCUCCAACUUUCUCAACAACAACUAUUCAGUCUUCACGACAACCUUUCGAUACCCUUCAACCAAACAACCAACCCACCCAACAAUCAAAAUGGCCGCUCCCCAGAUUCCUUCCCAGCAGUGGGCUCAGAUCUUCGAGAAGACCGCCGGUCCCAUCGAGUACAAGCAGAUUCCCGUCCAGAAGCCUGGCCCCGAUGAGGUUCUCGUCAACGUCAAGUUCUCCGGUGUCUGCCACACUGACCUCCACGCCUGGCAGGGUGACUGGCCCCUCGACACCAAGCUGCCCCUUGUCGGUGGCCACGAGGGUGCCGGUGUUGUCGUUGCCCGCGGCGAGCUUGUCAAGGAUGUCAAGAUUGGCGAGAAGGUCGGUAUCAAGUGGCUCAACGGUUCUUGCUUGAGCUGCUCUUACUGCCAAAACGCCGAUGAGUCUCUCUGCGCUGAGGCUCUUCUCUCCGGUUACACCGUCGAUGGAUCUUUCCAGCAAUACGCCAUCGCCAAGGCUAUCCACGUUGCUCGCAUCCCUGAGGAGUGUGACCUUGAGGCCAUCUCCCCCAUUCUCUGCGCCGGUAUCACCGUCUACAAGGGUAUCAAGGAGUCCGGUGUCAAGGCCGGCCAGUCUCUUGCUAUCGUCGGUGCUGGUGGUGGUCUCGGUUCCAUCGCUGUUCAGUACGCCAAGGCUAUGGGUAUCCAUGCCAUUGCCAUUGAUGGUGGUGAGGAGAAGGAGAAGAUGUGCAUGUCUCUCGGUGCCCAAACCUUCAUCGACUUCACAAAGACUAAGAACAUCGUCGCUGAUGUCAAGGCUACUACCAACGAUGGCCUUGGCCCUCACGCUGCUCUCCUCGUCGCUGCUGCCGAGAAGCCCUUCCAACAGGCUACCCAAUACAUCCGAUCCAAGGGUACCGUCGUCUGCAUCGGUCUCCCCGCUGGUGCUCAGUUCUCUGCCCCCGUCUUCGACACUGUCGUUCGCAUGAUUCAGAUCAAGGGAUCUUAUGUCGGUAACCGUGCCGAUACUGCUGAGGCCAUCGACUUCUUCCGCCGUGGUCUCAUCAAGGUUCCCUUCAAGACUGUUGGUCUCUCUGAGCUCAACGAGGUCUUCAAGCUCAUGAAGGCUGGCCAAGUUGCUGGUCGCUAUGUCGUUGACACCAGCCGAUAAGCGCGCGGCUGUCGCUUGGGUAGUGCGGGAAAGCACACCCCAAAAGUAAAGGGCCACCUAUCGCCAAAAGGGUGAUCGAUAACCUACUAAGAGGAGUUCAGGCGGGAGUUGAUUUGGGUUUCAGGCGGUGAUGGUAACCAUGAAUCUUGGUUACAAUUUUGUGUACAGCCCUAGUUUAUGAGUUUUUAUGAUUUUGUAUAGCAUGAAUAACAGAACGAAUACUUCGAUCCA